CCGCCCCCUCCCAGCCCUUUCCCCAUCCCCUCCCCCGCCUCUGGCGCGCCCGGGCCCCGGCGUCUCCAGCCCCGCCUGCGCCGGGGUCGCUGCAGUCCCCGCGGCCGCCCCGGGCUCCGUCCCCAGGCGCCCCGGCCUCCUUCCAGCCAGGGCAGCGCCUCGGGGGGAGCGCAGGACAGCGAGAGUGGCCGAGGCGGGGGCUCUGGGCGCCCCAGCUCCCAACCUGGGAGGCGGCCCCGACUCCGGGAGCCGGAACGCAGGGAAAGGCAAGGACGGGGCGGCCGGCGGAGGGGCGGGCGCCGCUCAUCAGCCACGCCAGUCACGUCUGGGGCCACCCGGCUGCCUUUUUCUUCCUUUCCCCCCCCUCCCCUGUUGGCGAGGGCAAAGUGGCCGUGGCGGCGCCAUGCCCGGGCCGGAGUGAGUGCGCGAGGGCGAAAAUGGCGUACAUCCAGUUGGAACCUUUAAACGAGGGUUUUCUUUCUAGAAUCUCCGAUCUGCUACUGUGCAGAUGGACUUGCAGGCACUGCUGUGAGAAGUGCUAUGAGUCCAGCUGUUGCCAGUCGAGUGAGGAUGAAGUUGAAAUUCUGGGACCUUUCCCUGCCCAGACUCCUCCCUGGCUGAUGGCCGGCCGGAGCAGUGACAAGGACGGGGAUUCUGUCCACACAGCUAGUGAAGUCCCUCUGACCCCACGGACCAACUCCCCAGAUCGCAGAUGCUCAUCCUCAGACACGUCAAAGUCUACGUACAGCCUGACCCGAAGGAUUUCAAGUCUUGAAUCCAGACGACCCAGCUCCCCGCUCAUUGAUAUUAAACCCAUCGAGUUUGGCAUUCUCAGCGCCAAAAAGGAGCCCAUCCAGCCCUCGGUGCUCAGACGGACUUACACCCCAGACGACUAUUUCAGAAAGUUCGAGCCCCAGCUGUACUCCCUAGACUCCAACAGCGACGAUGUGGACUUCCUGACCGAUGAGGAGAUCUUGUCCAAGUACCAGCUGGGCAUGCUGCACUUCAGCACCCAGUACGACCUGCUACACAACCACCUGACCGUGAGGGUGAUCGAGGCCAGGGACCUGCCGCCCCCCAUCUCCCACGACGGCUCACGCCAGGACAUGGCGCACUCAAACCCCUACGUCAAGAUCUGUCUCCUGCCGGACCAGAAGAACUCGAAGCAGACGGGGGUCAAACGCAAGACCCAGAAACCCGUGUUUGAGGAGCGUUACACCUUUGAGAUCCCCUUCCUGGAAGCACAGAGGAGGACCCUGCUGCUGACCGUGGUGGAUUUUGAUAAGUUCUCCCGCCACUGUGUCAUCGGGAAGGUGUCCGUCCCUUUGUGCGAGGUUGACCUGGUGAAAGGCGGGCACUGGUGGAAGGCGCUGGUCCCCAGUUCUCAGAAUGAAGUAGAGCUGGGGGAGCUGCUUCUGUCACUGAAUUAUCUCCCAAGUGCUGGGAGACUGAAUGUUGAUGUUAUUCGAGCCAAGCAACUUCUUCAGACAGAUGUGAGCCAAGGUUCAGACCCCUUUGUGAAAAUCCAGCUGGUACAUGGACUCAAGCUUGUGAAAACAAAGAAGACAUCCUUCUUAAGAGGCACAAUUGAUCCUUUCUACAAUGAAUCCUUUAGCUUCAAAGUUCCCCAAGAAGAACUUGAAAAUGCCAGCUUAGUGUUUACAGGCAUGCCGGAGCUGCCGCGGGCUUCCCUGUGCCCACUGUUCUGGAUGGAGUUCAAAGGCCACUGCUAUAGAUUUUUCCCUCUCAAUAAGACUUGGGCCGAGGCUGACUUCUACUGCUCUGAGUUCUCCACUGGCAGGAAAUCCACCAAACUGACCUCCAUCCACAGCUGGGAAGAGAAUGUCUUUGUGUAUGACCUUGUCAACAGCUGUGUGCCUGGGAUCCCAGCCGACGUCUGGACAGGGCUUCAUGAUCACAGACAGCCUCUCCUUUGGUCACUCACAGAUUCUUCCCACCUUGGAAGGUAAGGCAGAAACUUCUAGUUGCCUAUACGACAUCAAUUCACCCCUUAUUCCUUCCAAAAGAAUUCUGAUAACGCCGGGAGUGACAAUAUGCCUGGCUAGAAAAACUGUAUUUCCCAGACUCCCUUUCAGGGAGAAUUCUGGCCAAUGAGAUAUGGAAAUAGAAGUUGUUGGAUAAGGUUUCUGGGAACGCUCUCUGCAAGGGGGCUGGCUCAGAUGAUGGUCAUGCUUUUGCUCCUAUCUCUUCCUUCCUACCACUUGGAUGGGAGAGCAGCGGCUGCAGCAACCACUUGUGACCAUGAGAUGACCUUGACAUUGAAAGGCACAUGCUAAUGAUGGUGGGGCAGAAAGCCAGAGGAACUUGGAUCUCUGCUGACAAUGCCGAGCUGUCUUUCUGACUCUGGACACCUGCCUCCAGAUUUUUUUUCAUGUGAGAGACAAUGCUUUAUCUUUAUAAAGCACCAUUAAUUGGAUUCUCAAGCAGGGACAAUUUUGUCUCCGAGGGGACAUUGGGCGAUGUCUGGAGAUACAUUACUCGGUUUGUCACAACGUGGAGGAGGAGUACUCCUGGCAUCUAGUGGGUAGAGGCCAGGGACAUUGCUAAUCACCCUAUAACAUACAGGAUAGCCCUCCUUCCGCGCCCCGCCCCCACAACACACAGAAUUAUCUGGCUCAAAAUGUCAAUGGCGCCAAGGCUGGGAACCAAGCUCUGUAGGUACAGAAGCCCAAUUUUUAGCUGGGCACAGGGCUGCCUGGAAUCAUGACCGCGUGUGACCAAGAUCUGGCCAAUGCAAUAUGAGUGACUUCUGUAUCAUGCCUUUAAAGGAAGAAGUGUGCUGGGAGGACCCCACACCCCCUAUGAUGUCACAGAAUGAGCCCCCACACUAGCUGGGAUUUUUGCCUGAGAGAGAAAGGCAAACUUUCAUCUUGUUAGAGCUGAAAUUAUUUUGAGUUUUGGUUACAGCUGUCAAACCCUUGUGCCAACCAGCACAAGGUAAUGUCUCCCUCACUCUUGUACAUUCAGAGAACUUCUGGUCUCUGGCUGAAGCCCUCUGGAGCGGCUGAAUAUCUGCUUUGUUUUGCUAGCAGACCCUGAAGGAUGGGAAAGCGCUUUUUAACGGCAAUGGCGUCACCACCCCAUGGCAUUUGCUCUGUUAGCUUAUGCCCACAAGUCAUCUCUAUUCGAGGACGUCAGUUCAUCACAUUCCCAGACUUUGACUCAGCUCCAUUAAGUCUUUGCUUACAGGGCCUCUAGUGGUCUCUUUAGGCACAGAAACAAUCUCCAGAAUACAGAACAGGUGCACAUUUCUGGAAUUUUAAUCUGUCAUCCCAGGGAGACUGAAAUGAAGGAGUAGGUGCCCAGCCUCUGCUGAUGGGUUUGCUGUCCCGGCUGAGCACAUCUCGGUUCCCUUGUUCUCUCAUCAAGCUUUGACAGGAGGCUGCGGCUGAUCACCCGGAUGCCAUUAUGAUCCCCAUGGAGCCAUGUCACCCACCCUGUUUCUCGCAGUCCGGGGGCCAUGUGGCACAUGUCUGGGACACAUUGAACACAAUCAGAGGGGCAGUGGAAAAAAAGACUGGCCUGGAUAUUAAGAUUAUGUGGUUUCUUACUCCCAAACCUGCCUUCAACUAGCUGCGUGAUUCUUUCUGUUUGCAAGUGGCAACACGUCAAAGGACUUUAGGAGAAGAACAGGGAAUUUAUUGGCUCCUGUGACUAAGUCCAAAAUCAAGGUAUGGCUGGAUCCAGGGACAAUAUUCACUGUGUUUCUGUAUCUUGGACACUUGUUUCUUUACCAUCUGCACGGCAUGCAUAUGCUGGACACACCUUGUUCUAGACAACCCGAUAAUAUGCCUCAGUUCCGAGUCACCUUGCUUGGCCUGCUGCUUCCUUUGUCACCCUCACUCCUCAGGAGAACUUCUCCAGAUGUGCUUUUCAGGUACAAACCGCCCAUCCAGAGUCUACACCCCUCAUCCCCUCCUUUAUCAGGCUCUCACCCCCCGGGCCACCAUACACCUGCUCUAAUCACCCCAGGACCAGGUAACAAACAAUCAGGGACAGCCCCAAUGCCCCAGAGUCCAUUGAAAUUAUUCAAACCUGCCUCACCUGUUCCUUCCCACAGAAACCACAAUAAAGACUUUUUUUUUUUUUAAAGAUUUUAUUUAUUUAUUUGACAGAGAGAGACACAGCAAGAGAGGGAACACAAGCAGGGGGAGUGGGAGAGGGAGAAGCAGGCUUCCCGCCGAGCGGGGAGCCCGAUGCGGGGCUCGAUCCCAGGACCCUGGGAUCAUGACCUGAGCCAAAGGCAGACGCUUAACGACUGAGCCACCCAGGCGCCCCCACAAUAAAGACUCUUAACCGGGCACCUGGGUGGCUCAGUCGAUUAAGCGUCUGCCUUCUGCUCAGUUCUUAAUCCCAGGGUUUUGGGAUUGAGCCCCAGGUCUGGCUCCCUGAUCCGUGGGGAGCCUUCUUCUCCCUCUUUCUCUGCCUGCUGCUCCCCUUGCUUGUGUUCACAUGCUUUCUCUCUCUGUGUCAAAUAAAUAAAUAAAAUAUUUUUUAAAAAUUAAGCCUCUUACCCACAGACCCUCCUCCCAGCCCUGCCUGGUGACUGCCCCUUGCAUGCUGUCCCCCAGCAUGUGACAUGUACUGUCUCUCUCAAGAUCUGUGAGCAUAACAAGUUAUCUUUUUAAUGGCAAUCAUCUCAUCUGUUGAUGUUGCCACACCUAAAUAAUAAUAAAGCCUCUAAAACAGGGAUGCAGACAGUGUCAUCAGGAAGUCUCUCUCUCUCUCUCUCUCAGCGCUGUUUUCCUUGGAACUGGCUUCAUUCAUAGACAAGCUUCCACUAAGAGGUGACAGAGGUCGGCUGGCAGUCCCACUGCCCUUCAUGGAGUUCAGUGGCCCCCAUGGAAGGAGGGCUUCUCUUCCCACCAGUAGUCUUAUACUUGAUUUCUGUGAGCCUUUGAGUGACACGCUAAGAUUUGAUCACCAACUACAGUUCUGGCCAAUUCUGACACUGUCACCUGGAGAUAGCAUCAGAUCCCACAGUUGUAGGGUUCAGUCCUGCAAGACUGACCCCCACCCCCCACCUGGCUUCAGAUGCCAAUUGCAAGUCCAGGUUAUCAACUGUACUUCUGACCAAUCAGCCAUAAAUUGCAGGUUUCCAUGACCCCCUCCGUGGGUUUGAUGAAUUUGCUACAGAUACUCACUGAAUUCAGGAAAACGUGUAUUUACUAGAUCGCUGGUUUAUGAUAAAAGGCUAUAAUUCAGGAACAGCCAGAUGAAAGAGAUGCCUAGGGUAAGGUAUGUAGGAAGGGGCGUGGAGCUUCCAUGCUCUCUGAGUGGCCCCUCCAGCCCUUCUCUCCCCAAAUCUCCACAUGUUCACCAACCUGGAAGCUCUCUGAAACCCAUCCUUUUAGGUUUGUAUGGAAGCUUCGUUACAUAGGCAGGAUUGAUGAAAUCAUUGGCCUUGGUCAUUGAGCUCAGUCCCCAGACUGUCUCUCCCCUCCCCAGAGAUGGGGGUGGGAGAGGUAUGGGACUGAAAGUUCCAACCCUCUCUCUAUUCACAAGAUUAGCUCCAUUGACAGCCUGCCCCCAUCCUUAGAUGAUUAGCAUAACAAUUGAUCCCAUCACUGGAAAGUCUAAGGGUUUUAGGAGCUAUGAGCCAGGAGCCUGUGGAUGAAGAACAAAUAUUUAUUUCUUAUUAUAAAUCACAAUAUCACAAAUGCCCAUCCUUGAACCAAUCCCUGUGGUCAGACAGAUGGGGUACUCUGUAUGAUAUAGCUCCCCUGGAGCUGGGGGGUGGGAGGGAUCUAUCCCACCCAAGCCAUGGACUGAGAGUGGGAAGGCUGCUUCCCAGAACAAAAAGAAGGUAUAGGACAAGAGAAACCCCUGAGUGGUCCCUACCUUAGUUUGGGUUCUCUAGAAGCAGAUCCCAGAAACAAGAAUUUGAUGUAAGUAGCUUAUUUGCGAGAUGACCCCAGGAAGCACCAGCAGGGCAUGGGGAAGUGAGACAGGGCAGGGAAGGAAGCCAAUACAGGGUGCAUUCGUGAGUGGGUUACUGCUUAGGGCAGUUGGGACCCAAUCCAGCUGGGGGCCUCCGGGAGACUGUAUAAAACUCAUCUAAGGGGCGAGGGAGUUGGGGCAUUUAUCCACCAGCCUCUAUCUGUCACUGCUUGAAGCUGCUUAGCUGGAGUGAUUCGUGAACAGAUUCUUGGGGCCACCAAGUGGCCCAGACAGAAAAUCACAGGUGCAUGGCAGUAAGAAGCUGUGGGUCUAUACAGAAUGAUGAGAGCCCAGGGCCCCACCAGCAUCUGCUACAGUCAGAGGUAAGACAUUUCCUCAUGCAGCACCUCCUAAAGCAUUCUCAUUUGUGAAAUGAGAAGUUAGACUAGAGGCUCUCUUAUCUCCCUCUCCAAGGGGAAUCCUAAAGCUUCCUCUCUGGGUUGAGGCACUGUAAGAUGGCGGCUGAGCGUUCAGGCUCUGAGGUGGGAUUACCUGGUGGCUCAGCCAGAAAAACAUAGGGCACCUGCUACAGUGUUUAUUUUAAAAGAGUUUAACGAGGAGCUAGACUAGCAGAAGCAGGGAGCUGGACCACCCCGGUCGGUACAGGAAGAGAGGAUGUGUCCCCAGAGCCAGAGGAGAGCCAGGAUGGGGGAGGAAGGGCCACUAGACAGAGCCAUGGCCGAGCAGAACUACAGCCAGGAGGGGGGCGGGGGCAGGAAGGUGAGAAACAGCCAGAUCUCUUCCUGUCCUCCAAGCCUCCCCCUGGCUGACCCCAACUGGAAACCAGAGAACAAGGGAAUAGGUCAUGGAGGUCAGAGUGCCUUAGCACAGUGGGGCAGAGAAGGGCAGCCAUUGAAUCUAAGGGGACAAAUGGAGAAAAAUCUGCCCACUUGGAUUCAACACCCAGUUCCUCUAUUGACUAGCUGUGCAACUUCGGGCCAGUUGCUUUGCCUGUCUGUGCCUCAGUUUCCUCACCUAUAGAUUGAUAUCAGUAUUAGUAUCUACCUCCUAGGGUUGUUGUGAAGAUUAACACCUAUUGGGGCGCCUGGGUGGCUCCGUCGGUUAAGGGUCCUACUCUUGGUUUCGGCUCAGGUCAUGAUCUCAGGGUCAUGGGAUCGAGCCCCGUGUCAGGCUCCGUGCUCAGUGAGGAGUCCGCUUGGCAAUUCUCUCCCUCUGCCCCUCCCCCCACUCAUGAGCGCGCAUGCUCUCUCUCUCUCUCAAAUAAAUAAAUCUUAAAAAAAAAAAAAAAGAUUAACACCCAUAAAAGCACUUAAAACAGUGCCAGGCAUUUUGUAAAUGAUCAACAAAUAUUAGCCAUUAUUAAUAUUAUCAUAUAAUUAUAUCAUUUAUCAUAAAUAUUAUCCUGUCAGCUAUUAGCAUGUGAUAGCCCUGUGCUAAGUGCUAAAUUGCUGUGAAGUUAAAAUGUGAUAAGAUAUGAAGAGAUUUGAAAAUUCGAGUGAACUCGAAUGCUAAAGAGUAUUAUUAUUUAGCCUAAAAAGAUUUAAUGAAGAAAGAGACUGCAAGCAGAGAGAAAAGAAAAAAGAAAGGGAACAGGGGUGGGGUGGGGAGAGCUCUUGAUUUUCCUUUCUCUGGGACAUUCCUUCUACCUCCUGCAAAAUACCAUCUCCUGUCUGUACUUCACCAAGAGCAGAUGUUAAAGGAGCAAAAUACGCUCUUCACUGUAGAUAAAUCAAGAUAGAUCUUUCCAGAUGAAUAGAUAGUUAUCUCUGGGAAGUGACUGAGAGGAGUCUGGCUCUCAUGAAGUUCUACUGAAAGCUUUUCAGACCGUGGGAUCCCUUCCGUGUUAUUACGGAGAGAGCGAGACUGGGUGGAGGGGGGGGGGGUUGGGGAUCAUUCCCCCUUCCCUGAAUGCUUGCUAAGGACCAGGCACUGUGCUGAACACAUACAAGUAUUAACUCAUUAAUCCUUCCUGCAAGGUGUUAAUAGAUCCCCCAUUUUACAGAUGAGAACACCAAGGCUCAGAGGGCUCUAGGAAUUUUCCCAGAUCACACAGCUGGUGCGUGGCUGGAACUCCAAAGCUCAUGCUCUUUCCGGGAUGCCUGGAUCUAAUUCCAGCUCAACCAUGAACUUACUCUGUAAAUUUAUUCCUCUGUAAUCUCAGGGAAGGCACUCCCCUCUCCGUGCAAACGGUAGAGUGAUGGAGCCGGUCUAGGUGGUUAUCUCUCCUUCCAGCUCCAAGUUCAAGGGAGGGGCCACAGUGUAAGUUCCACUGAAGCUCUUACCCAAGUAGAACCAAACCAUAGCAUGAACACCGUGUGGCAGGAUUUCUCACAGCCAGCUUGCUUUAUAUCGGCCCUGUUAUUUAAAAAAUAAUAAAAAUAAAAAUAAAAAAGUUUGCAAAGUAAAAGUGUCAACUGGAACGGAAAACAAUCCGAAUGUCUAUUAACUGUAGAAUGGGUAAGUAGCUUAAUACCGUAUGGCUCUGGGUCUCCCCUGGCUGAGUCAAGGUGCCAGCUGGGGCGAGAUCUCCCCUGAGGCUGGGGUCCUCUUCCAGAUUUCACUGGUUGUUGACUGAGCUCAGUUCCUCCCCGCUGUGGGACUGAGGUCUCGGCUCCUGGGGGCUUCCCACUGUUCCCUGCCACAGGGCCCUCUCCACACACGGCUGUUUGCUUCUUCAAGGCCGACUGGAGAGCAGCGAGGAGGCUUUGAAUUUCUUCAUUUCUUCCGUCUCUGACCUCUAGACCCAGAUUCUAAGGGUUCGUGUGAUUAAAUCAGGCUCACUCAGGAUAAUCUCUCUUUUGGUAAACUGAACCUAUUAGAGACCUUAAUUACAUCUGCAACAUCCUUUGACUUGGCCGAAUAAUGUAACCUUAUCAGCAGAGUGGUGCCUCACCAGAUUCCCACAUCCCACCCACACUCUGGGCGGGGACUGUACAGGGAGUGGACCCCGGUGCGCCAUCUUGGACUCCUGCCUGCCACACUGAGCAGUUACUACGUACCAGGCUCUCUACUAACAGCUUUAUAUGGACUCCUUUAAUCUUCCCACCAGCCCUACAGAGCAGGGGCUCUUACUGUCCCUGUUGUACUGAUGAGCAAGGUGAGGCCCCAAGGAGGUGAGUGACUGUGGAGACAUAGCUAGUGAGUGGCAGAGCCAGGGUUUGGACCCCCCGUCUCUCUCUCUCUCUUUCUCUGUGUCUCUCUCGUCUUUCUUACACUUACACGCACACACACACACAACACCUCCUCCGGUCCUUUCCUUCUCCACCCUUUUGGUGAAUGUUUGCCUUCAGAGAGUCCUUUUGAAGGGUCCAAGGGGAUGGGAAUGUUUGAAGAAAGGAAGAGACAGGGAGCAACCUUGGGGAUUGGUGUGAUGACUGAGCCCUUACUGUGUGCUCUGCUAAGCUCUGCUCUUCACAUCCGAGAUCUCACUCAUCCUCCCAGCAACCCCAGUUGCUAUUAUCAUUUCUGCUUGACUGACAAGGAGAUGGGGGCUCAGAGAGGUUGAGCUCCUUGCCAAAGUCACACAGUAAGCAACCAGGAUGGAGGCCUGCUGACAUGAGUCCAACCAACUGCUAGCUUUCCCCUGUACCCCAGGGCCUCUCCUCAGAGCCCUCUGGCUUCUCUACCAUCUCGUAGUGAGCUGCCAAGGGAGCCCUGCUGCCCAAAACCUCAGCUCACCUAGAAGGGAAACCAAGAAGCAAACAGAAGGCCCUGGCUCUCCCUGCCUCCCAGCCUCCCAGCCUCCCAGCCUCCCAGCAGCCUUGCCCUGCUUUGCAUUCAUGACAACAUCAAUCUUGUUCAAACCCCAGAGCCCAUGGGCCCCACCACGCUGGCAGCCUCUGAGUCACUGCACACCGGCAGACGGUGCUAAACUAAUUUCCCAGCAUCUUUGGGAAGGAUUUGGUUUCUGUCUCCCCAGCUAAGGCCCAUGCAGACAGUGGCAGGAGGCAGGCAGGACCCAGGGGGUUCCUUCCUGGUCUGGGAGAGCCCAGAUUGAGAUGUGAUAAGAUCCUGAUUAGGCAAAGUGGCUGGGGCUGGGAGAGAGUCCAGAGGGUCCAAGCUGAACUGAGGGAUGGGACAGUAGGUGCCGAGUCACAGGGAUGGUGCUAAAACAUCCCUGGAAAUGCAACCGCAUAGAGAAAAUUGUCAUUACCUUUUACAGUGACUUCUUGUGUAUAAAGAUGACUUUGUUAUAACCCUACAAGGUAGGUACAAUUUAUUGUUGCCAUUUUACAGAUGAGGAAGCUGAGGCACAGAGCUCCAGUAACUUGCUCAAGGUCACAAACCUAGUAGGUGAUAGAGCCAGAUUUUUAACCCUGACCACCUGACUCAACAGGACACCACGUCAUUUGCCCAUCCGGGUGCCCAUGCAUCUGGGUUGGUCCAACCCAGAAGAUAAGACAGUAAGUCAGUUAACUUCUUUUGCUCUCCGGAAUUGGUUUUGUUUUUUUAAAGUUUUGUUUUUUUUUUUUAAUUGACAGAGACAGCGUGAGAGGGAACACAAGCAGGGGGAGUGGGAGAGGGAGAAGCAGGCUUCCGGCCAAGAAGGGAGCCCGAUGCGGGUUGGAUCCCAGCACACUGGGAUCAUGACCAGAGCCAAAGGCAGAGCUUAAAGACUGAGCCACCCAGGCGCCCCUGGAAUUGGUUUUGAAUUGGUCCCCAAGUGGGUAGUAAUGCUAGGCUUCAAACCAAGUCCACCCAUUUUCUGGCUUCCCUUACAGGGCUCAAGGUGCUACUCCCCACUUGCUAAUUCCGUCGCCAGAGGCAGCAUAGAGUAACAAAAAGCCAGAGUAGAGGAGCCAAGUUCAAAUACUGGUUUUGCCACUGCCUAUGAUCUUGGGCACUUCUCUCUCUGUCUACACACACACACACACACACACACACACACACACACACACACGUAUGUAUAAAGGCACACAGUGAGGGGCGCCUGGG